UACUCAACAAUUGGACAAACCUUGCGUGGUAUCUCUUCGAAAGGAAACCGCUUAACUUUUACGACUUGUCAACAAACAGAGUCGCGCUACGCGGUGGACGAUUUGUGCUAGAGAAGCCCGGAAAAACUCUAAAAACUAUCAAAAUGGAUAUCGACAUGAGCCGGCGAAACAAGACUCCGCGUCCCCUGACAGACUCGGAACGAGCCCGACUUGAAGAGUUUGUGGAUGCUAUUCGGUACUCUGAGAGAUAUAACGACAGCGAAUUCGAGUACCGCCAUGUCCAGCUACCAAAGAUGAUGCUCAAGGCUAUUCCAAAGGAGUACCAUGAUUCCGCCAAGGGCACACUGAAACUUCUCUGGGAGGACGAGUGGAGGGCCAUGGGAAUGACACAGAGUCUCGGCUGGGAGCACUACGAGGUCCAUGAGCCGGAGCCGCAUAUUCUUCUUUUCAAGCGACCCCUCAACUACCAACCUCCUCAGUGAGCUCGUCGAACGAACAUCUCCUUCGCUCAGCGGUGUACGAUAGCUACGGCUUUUCCGCGCCGACUCCUGCUACACGAAGAGUCUCUUUGUUGAAUGUCUCUUUACGAUUUUUACGGUCUGCGUACUGCAAUAAUGUUGGGUUAAUAAGCCUGCGAGACUGGCGGGCGCUCCCUCGCUCUGCCUUGAAUGGCUUGUCUAUGGCAACCUGAGGGCCCCACGCAAGCCUUGGUUCAGAGUUUGGACA